GGGGUGGGGCACCAGUCAUUUCCCACUUCCGUCGGCACUCACGUCUGCCUACCCCUCACCUUCCCUCCCCUCGCUCACUACAUAUCUCUGCCUGCUGCCCUCACUUCUGCUGCUGCGGCACUCCCCAUUGCCUCAUCGCCGCCUUGCCUUCCCUUCCUUCCCUCCGCGAUCAAAACACCAAAAAUUUGAGAUUUGAUUGGGAGAGAAAGAAAGAAAGAAAGAAAAGAAAGAUGAGCGGAGUGGGGAAGUUGGUGUGCGUGACGGGAGCGUCCGGCUACAUCGCCUCCUGGCUGGUCAAGCUCCUCCUCCGCCGCGGCUACACCGUCCGCGCCUCCGUUCGCGACCCCUCUGAUCCGAAGAAAACUGAACACCUCCGUGCGUUGGAUGGAGCCAGCGAGAGGCUGCAUUUGUUCAAAGCAAAUCUGUUGGAAGAGGGCUCUUUCGAUUCUGUUGUCGAAGGUUGCGAAGGUGUUUUCCAUACAGCAUCUCCUUUCUAUCACAAUGUUACGGACCCCAAGGCCGAGCUAAUUGACCCAGCACUGAAGGGCACACUAAAUGUUCUGGCUUCCUGCACCAAAGCCUCUUCCAUCAGACGGGUGGUCGUAACAUCCUCUAUGGCUGCCGUGAUGUAUAAUGAAAGACCGAGAACUCCUGAAGUUGUAGUGGACGAGACAUGGUUUUCUGAUGCGCAGUUUGCCGAGAAGUCUGAGUCGUGGUAUGUCCUAUCAAAGGCUUUGGCGGAGGAAGCUGCCUGGAAGGUUGCAAAGGAGAAUUCUAUUGACAUGGUUACAAUCAACCCUGCUAUGGUCAUAGGUCCUCUUUUGCAGCCUACUCUCAACACGAGCUGUGAGGCAAUCCUCAAAUUAAUUGAUGGAUCAUCUACGACGUAUCCAAAUUAUAGUUUUGGAUGGAUAAAUGUUAAAGAUGUCGCCAUGGCUCAUAUUCUUGCCUACGAGGUACCCUCGGCAAAUGGACGAUACUGUUUAGUUGAAAGAGUUGCUCACUACUCGGAGAUCGUGAAGAUCAUACAUGAGUUGUAUCCUUCCCUUAAACUCCCUGAAAAGUGCGCGGAUGACAAGCCUUUCGCUCCGAUCUACCAGGUCUCGAGGGACAAAGCAAAGAGCUUGGGCAUCGAAUACAUCCCACUCGAGACGAGCAUCAAGGAGACCAUAGAAAGCUUGAAAGAGAAGGGAUUCGUAAGCUUUUGAAAAGCCGCAGUUUGUGACGUGAAAAGCUAUAUAUGAGAGUGGUGGAGAAUGCUUUGAUGGUUGAAUAAAAGUCGGCUUUUAUCAUGUAUUUGAAAAGUGCUUAGGGUAUGUUUGGAGGCUUAGAACUGCAUUGGAUCUUCUUUCUUGUGCUGUUGAAGUUGUAUGAACAUGGGGUCUCACCAUUGUUGACAUGUGGUUUGAAUCUAUAAAUGUCAUGAAUGAUGGCCUUUUACUAGUUGAAGUGGUAGAGCUUCCGAUUU